GGGCAAGAGAUCAUUCAUGGGAUCGAUCAGUGAGUGACACAGAUCAUACCAAGUGACUGACAAGUGUCAUUCAUCAAGUCAGGUGGGACAUGCCAGUCGGCACACACGCACACACACACCACACAUACACACACUCACACACAUCCUAGGUACCACACACACACAGACAGACAGCUGGCUUGGCCCGGCACGGGGGCGUCCCGACCGUCAGUUAAACAGCUAACGCUCCACACACGGUGGAGGUCGGUGUCGCAUACAAGGCAGGUGCUAAGGGAGAAAAAAGGCAUCAAUAUUGAUAGUGCCGCCGAUUUGCAGGCAGGCAGGCAGGCAGGCAGAGAGAGGCAUCCAUCCAUCCAUCCAGCCAGCCAUCCAGCGAUGCAGCCAUGCAAGUGCGUCUCAUGGUCAUGAGAACACUCACUCCUCAUCCAUCCAUCCAGCCAUCCAUCCAUCCAUCCAACCGUAUCCCCCCCUCUAAGCAUCAGUCAGUCAGUCCAUCCUCCUCCGUCCCUUAUCAACACCCACUCGCCCGCCCACAUCUAGGCAGGAGGUUUACUUCCUUGCGCUACGGCUGCCUCGCCGGCACCCCGAACGAGAUCAUAAAAGAGAUUGACACUUAUGAAUGAUGGUGGGACGUGUGUGUGCGUGUGUGUGUGUGUGUGUGUUGGGUAUUGUGGACGUCGCCGCCCUCUCUUGCGUUCAUCGAAGCGGGGCUCGUGACGACCCCUCCAUCCGGCCGAUGCAUUCGAACGGAGGAGUCGUCUCUCCCACCACAACAACGCCCCACAAGGGAAGAGAGGCUCACCACACCACAGCCACACAGGAGAGAGAAAACACACAUACAGCAGAGAGUCGGCCAGGAGUAUCGAUGCGGACAACACACAGUGAGUGUGAGUGUAUCCGUAGAUAUCGUUAGUUACUUAAAGUGUGGCUGUCCGUCUCCAUAUCUUCCUGUCGUCCCGGUCGACCCGGCAGGCAAACGCCCUCUCACGGCCCAUGCUCAUGGAUGAGAGGGUGCUUGGUCCGCGGAAGGAUCGGUGCGACAGCAAGAGACGAAGAGACGAAUACCAGGACCAACGAGCAGCAUACAGCCAGCCACACAAAACCGAAACUGCUACGCCAUCCAUCCCAAAAAGCAAAGCGUCACUGACUGAUCCGGCCCCCUCCACCCCACCCCACACACGCUACGCCUGACUGACACCACAGCACCCCAGAGACGGGCAGGUCGGAGAAGAGAGUCAGGUAGGUGGGCAGCCGGCCGCCACACAGCCACACCACACCUUGAUUGACAUCACUUGGAUGGUGGCCGUCGCGAGGAGGAUCUGUUGUCUUGUUGUUUUGGCGGAGCUCUCCGCCCCGGCGGUACCCAUCCGCCCUCCGCCGCCCCCGUGCGCUUCUUGGCCCACUGCAUGAACACCUGCUUGCCGUCCACACACACCUCCUCCGAAUAAUAGGCGUCCAGCACGUCUGAUGACACACACACACACAGGGGGGUCAAGUGCCAUGCCGCCGUGGAUGGAAUAAUGGGGGUGUCCGUGCCUGCUGGCGGUGAAUUACCUUUAGCGGCUUCGUAGCUUUUGAAUUCGACGAAGCAGAAUGGGGUGAGGGCCUUGCUGCUGGACUGGGGCACCAGGAUCUUCUCGAUGUCGUCGUCACCAUGGAAGAUCUACACACACACACACAGACACAGAGACAUCACACCACCUCCAACAUGCACCUGUCGACUAGACAGGCCUCUCUCUCGCUUUUCUUUCUCUCACCCGCUCGAAGACCUGCUCAGCCGUGAAGUUAUUGGGCAGUCCCGAUAUGUAGAGUGAGUUGGCGUCGCCCUGCGGCGGGGCGCCGAACCGCUCACGAUACCGUGGGCCGCCGCCGAUGCCGCGCAGAGGUGGUGAGUCAGGCAGAGGCGGCCUCUCCCGCAUGGCUCUCUCCCGAUCGAUGUCGCGGAUGAUGGGGGGCGAUCUGGGCGAGUGGUGGUGGUUGAUGUAGUCGGGCCGCCGGAGGGGUGGCUCGCGCGGGAGGGGCCGGUCGCUGUCACGGGGGGGAGCGGAGGGGGACCUGCGCAUCACACACAGAUAGAUACAGACAGAGAGGAGAGCAAUCCAUCCAUCGAUCGAUUCCAACCAUCAGUGCAUCGUGUGUGCGUGCUGUGCUUGUUGUGUGUACCGUACCUGUCGCGUCUUCUAUCGCCAUUGUGCAGUGGGUUGGGUGUCGGCCUCCUGUCCGACCGGCUGUCGUCGCUGUGGUAGCGCAUCCUCUCCCUCUCCCUGUCCCUAUCACGCUCACGCAGGCCCUCCCGCCCACCGUUCAUAUGAUGAUGAUAAGGCGGGUACAGCGGCGGGCCAUCUCUGUCGAAGUCCCUGGGCGGUGGCCGGUCCCUCUCGUCAGCGUACCUCCUCCCCUCUGGAUGAUAAGCGUAGGGGGGAGGCGGCUCCCGCAUGAAGUCCCGCUCCCGGUCUCUAUCUCCUCGCAUGCCGCGGCCAUUCAUCAUGAUCAUGUCACGGGAGGGCGGAGGGUUGAAUGGCGAGCGGGACCGAGACCGAGAGCGGUGAUGGCGCGAGUCGCCGCGCCGUUCCAGCCGCUCCAUGGACGUCGGGAAGACAAGUGAAGUGGACGCCACGGAUGCAGGGUGGGGUCUGGGGAUGUGGGAGAUGGGAGGGAGAGGCUGUCUUGUCUUGCCCCUCAGUCGUCAGACGUCGAUGCUGACAGUUUUCCAGCUGCUGAUUGUUUUCC